AUGGAGCUCUCAACUCCCGGGCCCUCGAUGCCCUCGGAGUCGAUGACCCCCGUUGGCAUGGAGUUCGUGGCUAUCUAUAUUGGCCCCGAACCAUUCAAAAGAGAGAUCGACAUGUAUCGGUACGCAUUGCAGAGCAUGCGAAAGGGAAGGUGCUAUUUGAUGAUGCCCAACGCGUCUGCCCCUGCUACGAAGUGGAUUUUGAUGCGGGUAGAAGUAGAUGCUUCCCUGGGCCUGGGUGUAGAGGAAUCGGCCUUUCAUCACGCAACCAGUAUCUUGAUGGCCAUUACUGACCCGAAGCGUCGCCCAAUGAAGGCUGCUGUUAUCAACGGUCAUCCGACCUUUAAUGCUGACGGAACCCGGUCGAGCGAAGGGGACUGGGUCAACUGGGGGAGUAACAUCAAUGCUGGCCAGACCGGAGCUGGUGUCAGCACGUUUCUCCGCGGACCUCCAACGGACACUCCGAGCCCAUUCCGGGAGCCGGGUCAACGGCGCAGAGUUUCCUUUGCCAACUGUUCACAUCUAAAUGAGGGCAGUGUCAUCGUAAAGUCGGGGUCCUAUGAACAGCAAGACCCAGUUGGUACUGGCAGACCAACCCCCUCUGAGGGUAAAUGAGCUCGCUACGCAUGAGCCAAUGCGCCUAGAACGGUAAAUUGUAAGCUGUUUGCUUUUGCGUCGUUUUGGCCAGUAGUUGAUGGAUUGAAAAUGGAAGAUUGUUAAACUCACGAAAAGUAACCUAACAAAAUAUUUGCUUUUAAU